GCGCCAUAUCAUGAGACUCUCGCGCAGGAGAGGGAGUGUUCGCGCCAGAGAGUCCUCUUGCAAAGCAAAAAAACCGCCGUACUGCAAGAAAGUAUUGAGUUCCCAAAUCGACAAGAUGCCGCCCCCCUGGUUAAAAGCUGAAGGUGACGCCAUGUAGCACCUGGACACCCUCUCGUCUCGCACAGGGAACGAAACCCCGCGGCCGGUUCAACAGCCGAAGUAGUUGCAGUGCCAAUUUUCCCGGCGCCGGUUGGAAGCCAGAGGCAGUCCGCCCUUGGAUCGCAGCCGUGGGGGUAAAAAGAAGCGCGUUUCCUAUUGCAACUAGUCGCCGCGGUCGUGAGAACGACGUGCUUGCAGCUGAGCACCUGGCACCAUCCCUUUCCAUCUACCAAAAAUCAACGUCGGACGACCAGGCGAUUUCUACAACCACUCGCGGCAAACAACAAUAUGAAGGUCCUUACAACUACUGGUGCGGCUCUAGUUCUCGUCGGGCUCUUCAACCCCGGCACGGCACCGACGUCGGUUUACGGGAAGAAGAGGCGCGCGGGCAUGGCGAUGUCGCAGAACAGUCUGCUGUUCACCACGAAGCGGUACAUGUCCGGGGUGACCACUGUCCACAAGACCGCGUACUGGGGCCAGAUCGCACUGGGAUCGCACCCGGAUAAACAACAGUUUUUCAACGUGAUUUUUGACACUGGGAGCGGCAACAUGAUCCUCCCGUCUUCGCUGUGCCACGGCGCCGGGUGCGACCGGCACCGGAAGUACGAUCUGAACCAGCAAACCAACCCGGACGCCCAGUUCGUGACCAACGACCAGGGGCAAAGCGAGGCGCAGAUCAGCUUCGGCACAGGGGACAUAGAGGGCCGGUUUGUCCGGGACAAGCUGUGUCUCGGUAUUACAAUGAAAAAUGCCCCCACGACCCCAUUUGUAUUGCAAACCUUUCCAAACGAAACAUUCGCUCUCUUGCAUCUAUCACAAUCACAGGUUUCCAGUCGUGAAUAGCAAAAAUUUGUAUUGCAAAAGACCCCAGCAAGAGCGGCGCUUGUUAUGCAAGCGAUGCGAUACACGCCUAGACUCUGCAUCAGAAAGAUUCAUACUGCUUUCAUGCAUGACAAAAAGUUUUCAUUUGGAAACCUCGCAUCACAAAUUUUUGCAAUUUCAGGGGUGGGGGGCACUUUUCUCUGUAAUACUCGGUCGCAUCUGUUCGGACGUGAACUUCAUUGCGUCAGUCUCCCAGUCGGCGGAGCCCUUCGCCGCGACCCCGUUCGACGGCAUCCUGGGCCUGGGGUUUCGAGAUUUGUCGAUGGGCGACGGGUUUAACAUACUGGACGACCUGCAGAGAACGGUGCCCAACGGGAUUAUUUCCUUCGCGCUCACCGACGAAGGGCCGAGCUCCUUGACAUUUGGUAGUGUGAUUUUUUGACACGGAGUUGUUGGAAGUUCAAGUUUUUUUCCUUGAAAGGAUGGUGGUGCAUAAAAAGAAAAACCGAGGGACAGCUUGUGCAGCGGACGGCUGUCGUCCUUCGUGUCCUCUUCGAGACUGAUGAAAAAUCUCGCCGCACGUGGUCCAAAAAAUUGUUCACAGCUUUAAUCCCUCUUGCCUUUAUUCCCAACAGGUGGCUACCGCCGUGAGCUGUGCGCAUCCCCGAUGGUGUGGGCACCGGUGACGUACCCGAGUUACUGGCAGAUCCGCGUUGGUGACAUUACGCUGAAUAUGCAUUGCAAAUAUGUCUGGGUCUGGAAACUUGUAAUGCUGAGUUGUGAAUAGUGAAUUUCCUGCAAUGCACAGCCAAGCAUGAGAAAUAUUUGCGGGGCUUCGUGUUGCGUUUUCCGCAUGACAAACUGCGUUUUUGAAUGACAACCAAAAGGGUCAUUUCUUGGACACGCAUCACAGACUUUUCAGUCAUGCCAGACAAGCAUGACAAACCUUGCACCCUUCCAGACCCAGACAUAUGUGCAUUUGAUACUGAACAACCGAAAAACGCAGCUCUGUCCGAACGAGGGCUGCCAAGUCGCGGUGGACACCGGAACCAGCAUGCUGGCUGGACCCUAUCCAAGAAAAAAACCUUGUUAGCGCAAGAUGCAAGACAAUUGCGUCUGUCAUGCUUGGCAUGCAUUUUAGGGCUCAUUGAAGGGCGUUUUCACGUACUAGCUGCACAUGACAGUUUUUUGCUGUCAUGCCCGACAGAUUUGUAAUGCUGUUCCUCCAGCAAAAAAGGUACACCUACAAUGUUUUUUUCUUGGAUAGACCCCUAUGGGAGUGCACAAAUACAACUCCCCCUCGCCCACCUCAUUAGUAGAGCAUGUCUACUAGCAUCACAAACAACCUAGCUGCAAAAUGGCGCCUUGAGUACGUGACAAAUCUAGGCCCGGACCGGUGCAGCAGCUUCGGCUUACAGACCGUGUCAUGUAAACACGGCGAGAAGGCCAAGAUAGGAUGUUGAAAAAAUUCGAACAUGACAAAUGGGGAUGAAGGGGAGUAGCUGUGCACUAUCAUGACCAACGAGCUUGAUCCAGGAGCUGUCGAGGAGAGUGAAUGUGGCCAGCGACUGUUCCAAUUACGCGAACUUGCCGAACAUUGGGUUCUAUGGAGUGCAAACAAUUUUUAGAGCAAAAGUAGUUCCAAGUCGUGCAGAUUCUUCGUGUUCCAGGAAUGUUUCUUUUAGCAUUGGGAAAAAUUUGCGGUCUCUCUGAGCAUGAUUCGCAAAUAAGUGCAGGUCGUGCUAUGCAAAUUCCUCCCACAAGCCGAAAUGGUGCAGCACGGUAGCGGCAGGUUCUUUCGUUUUUGCCAUGCAUAUCCUCGCAGUAGGGGACAAAGUGCUGAACUUGCGGCCAGAGGAAUACGUGGACAACGAUAAGGGAGUAUCACGUUGAGAAAACACACGGCGCAUCAGAGUAAGUACUUAUCUCCCAUGCAGAAGGAACAGUGUAUAAAGGAAAAGGACGAUAGGAUUAGGAUGCGCGAAAGCAUCAUCUUUACAAACCCUAAUUUUCUGAUGAACUGAUGGCAAUUCGGUUGAGAAAAAAAAGUAUAAUGAUGGGCCACGUUUUUUUCACGUGAUAGAAAGAGUACUGCACCAUGAGCAUCAUGACCCUGGAUGUGUUAUCAAGACAAAAGGCGUUUUUAGAGAAAAAAGAAAAUUAUUGUUUGUGAUGCAGCAGUGAUAUUAGUAUUACGAAAAGCAGAAUCCAAAAGUAGAACGAAUUGUUGAAGAGGGGCAAAAAUGCAGCAACCAUGCCAAAGCGAGACUUAAAGAAGACGAAACCGAAAGUCCAAUGGACGACGUGCUUGACUUAAACGCCGUUUGGCUUGAUAAGUGCCACCGCCAAAAGGCCCGCUGUUUAUUUUCGGGGAUCCGUUUUUGAGAAGGUAUAAUUUAUCACGCAAGUUGGCGCAUUGAUUCUUUGACUUUGGACACAAAACCCGAAGAAGUGCUUCUAUGUAGGAUGAAAUGCAAGUCAUAAUUCCACGCCGAAAACAAUGACAGGUUCGUCACGGCCUUCGACAAGAGGAAAAUGCGGGUGGGAUUCGCCAUAGCCCAGGGUGAAAUGUCGAAAAACGCCAUCUCUGCGCUGCUGACCGACGAGCCCGCCCCGAUGGGGUAUCAAAUGCAAAUAUGUCUGGGUCUGGAAGGUUGCAACUUGUCAUGCAGAUUUUACACGACCCGCGACAUCUGUGAUGUAUUCCCUAGCAACACAGAUUUUAUGAGCGCUUCUUGAUGCCUAUUCCGCAUGGCAAAUGCCCUCCCCCCGUAGCACAAACUGGACUUGACUUGCUGGUCAUGCAAUACAGAUUUUUUUGAAUUCAAAGUUAGCAUCACCCAGACAUAUUUGCUUUUGAUAUGGGGCCCAGUCCGCUGAUUCCGCGACAAACGACGCUUAUCAAAAGGAAAAGUCCCCUCUCCCCAUAUUGAAAAGGUAUGUUUCCGAAAAUUUGUAUUGCUGGCUUGAGGUCACAAAUCGCAUUUGUCUUGCAAGAAGACAAGGGCAGAAGCUUCCGCCCCAUUAUGGAAGCAAUUUGCCAUGCUGUUGGGCCCAAAAAGGAGCCGCUUGCCAUGCUGAACAACUACACCCAUACGCCCCUACCUAGCCUUGGGAUCUGGCCGCAGUGCCUUCCUGCAAUACAGCGCUGACGUGUGUACACAAAUCCAGCAUCAGCGAUUCCGCUUUGAUAUGGGGAGGGGGGAUUUUUUCUGUCGAUAAUGCUCGGGGACGGGACCUACACCCGAGGAGAAGAUUUUCGCGCACCCACGCUGCUGUCGAGCUCUGACUCCGCUUCAUCGUCGAAUAUGCUACGUAAAAACUCAUCUACCCAUGAUAGAAGUCAAGACGCGACUUCUUGUUGAGAGAUUUCUACUGAACACGAGUACAAAUAUGACCUGCAUUAUGUUGGCGGAGACGAUGCGCCUGAUAUUAAAUUUUCUUUAAGUAUGCAACUCUGUGACUGUGUCAUGAGAACUCUGGCGACAUGGGAGGUGCGUUUUUACACUGGAGAUCGAAAAAGGCUUCCAACGAUCCGAUCGAGGUCGUCCCACUGAUGGCCGGGAUGAUGCGCUCCCCGAUAUCAAAUGCAAAGAUGCUGAGGUCUGGAAAGUUGUCAUGCAAGUUUGGAAAGAUCCUGAACCACAAGCGCUUCUUAUGCACAGCCAAGCAUGGCAAAUUUUAGUCACGCCUGUGCGGUGCGUAUAAUUCAUGACAAAGUUGUGCUACUGCGUUUUUCCACGACAAGCAUACAAGCGGAGCCAUGCGCUACCUCGCAUGACAGAGCUCAGAUUCAUAGCACCCAAGCAUGACAGAGUUCUUUGCAGCAACCUUCCAGACCCAGACACAUUUGCAAUGCAUACGCGAGCGGUUUGGCCGAUACUAGCACCGGCGGGGCCGAUGCGGGUGGACAGCAACAUAUGGAUGUGUCAGAGUUGAAAUCGACCAAGUUGAAAUAAUUUGUCGUGCAUAAAAUGGAUGCUAGUUGGAACCCAGUUUCCAAGUGGCGCAUGACAAAUUUCGGCGGUUCCUAAAUCCAGUUUCUCAUGCUGUUUAGGCAAAGAAGAGUGAUUUUCUCAUGCUACUUUAGCAGCUCGAGCUGUAACCCCAAACAGGCUUACAAUCGGCCUCACUUGCCUGCUCUGUAACACACGCGCCUCGGGUCAUGUACUUUUAUGCAUUACAAAUUAUUUCAACUUUGACGAUUUCAAACCUGACGCUUCCAUACAACACCAGCUGGUUGACGGCAAUACGGACAGCUUGUCUAUAUGCAUUGCAAAUAUGUCUGGGUCUGGAAGUUUGGAACUUGUGGUGCUAACUUUGAAACUCUAAAAAAAUCUGUAUUGCAUGACCAGCAAGACGAGCCCAGUUUGUGCUACGCGGGGAGGUCAUUUGUCAUGCGGGAUAGGCAUCAGGAAGGCCUCUAAAAAUAUGUGAUGCUAGAGCAUGCAUCACAGACAUCAUGGGUCAUGCAAAAUAUGCAUGACAAACCUUGCAUCCUUCCAGACCCAGACAUUUUUGCAGUUGAUAGUCUACUUCCACCGACGAUAUCGCCGCCGAGAAAUUUGGAACCAGCGAUCUAUCCAAGAAAAAACCUCUCGCUGAUACUGUGCUUAUGCUGUUUCUUGCAAUAGUACACAUGCGAAGAUGAAUAACUAGAUGGAUCUGACCAUUCGUGACCCGCAUGACAACUACAAUUUUCUGCGUGACAGGUUAUUUCUCUUGGAUACAAGCUAGAUCACCAGUACUACCGAGACGAGUUUGGGUUCGCGGCUUUCGCACAGAGUAUGCCGUGGAGUUACACCAUUGCAGUCGCACACGCUGUUCGCCGGUAUCCUGCAUGAAAAACUUACAGCUGAGAACCUUUUUCCAAGGAGAAUGAGUAAUAGUAAUUGGCUCCGGAAUAGCGAAUACAAUGAAACCUCUCAUGCCAGCUGAGCAAAGCAGUCUGGGUUGUCAUGCAAUGUCCGGUAUCACUAUGGUACCAACAGCGUCUUGUAUUGCGAUUUCGAAUUCUCGUGCAUAAAGCGGUCUGCGCGGGGUUUCAAAGCCGGAAGCACGAGCGGAAGGCGGAGUUUUCUGGAGAAGGGAUCCAGCACGGAGAGACGGCCGAGCGCGGGGUUGCAGAUAUGAACUGCAAAUAUGUCUGGGCCUUUGGGAGAUUGCGGGAUUUGUCAUGCUAGUCUGGCUUGACGUUGACUCUGAGCUCUGUAUUGCGUGCCCGCGAAGAGCUCCUCUUGUCUGUCAUCGAAAAACGCAGUUUCUCAUGCGGAGUACGCAACUCUGAACCAGGGAAAAACUUGUCACGCUGGGGAGCGCAUAACGGUGUGGUGAUUAUUCCCUUCCUUGCAUCACAAGUUUCCAGACCACCCAGACAGAUUUGCAAUGCAUACCAGAUGAGCUGGAACGAAGACGGGGAGGACUUUUCGGACUCGGACGUGGUAACAAUCGAGUUGCACAAGAUUCCCGGCAAGGACCUGCCCAAGGGGAUCAUAUGAUGUUAGAUACCAUUACAACUACCGAGGAGGUCUGCUGGGAGGUGCAGCAAGCACGCUACUCAAUAUCAUGCGCGCAGCUACUUACAACGAGCACAUAACUUUGGAUUAAAACCAGAAAUCUUGAACAAAUACCGUUUUAUUUUAUCUAGAUCAACAUUAUUGCAAGACGUCCAGAGACGACGGACAGGACGCUUUACUACAAUCUUGGAACAAACUACGAAAAGUAGGGUCCGGCAAUUGAUACUGAAAGCGUUUUACUAUGCGUGAAAAAUGCGAAGCAAUACAGAGUAGAUCAGCUUGGACCAUUUUUUUUCGAACUUGAGACAACAAGCUGUAAGAACAGCCCCAGUGCAAAAAUUCUGACCCCCAAGCCGCACAGUUUUUCAAAUAAAGGCCGCAAGAAGUGUUAAUAAAACUCUGACGCCUCCACAGAGGAGGCAAGCUGCGCGGUGGGCGAAACAGCUGGACGGAGAGGGGUGAGAAGUAGAACGGCGGUGGGGUUGGCGUGCUGCGCGGGGAGUAAACUUACUUUGUAGUCGCACUUUUUUUCAGAAUCCUAACUUUUUUUCAUCACUCAGUAAUAGUACAUGUGUUGAUCUGGUAACCAAAUGCGUGCGCGCGCGCGCGCAGAGCGCGCGCCGGCCCACGAAGCCGGCGCGCGCGCUCUGCGCGCUUGCGAUAUUGCUUAGCAAACGCAGCGCGAAGGCAGUUGCCGUUACCAUAUAGGGCAACCGCCGGGAGGCGUGAAGGUCAGGGAAAUGGCCAGAAAUGAAGCGGGAGAAGGGAAAAAAAGCGGACCAGAUAGGAAAAUGUCCAGGAGGGCAAAAAUGUCGCAAAAACGGCAGAAACCAAGCGGGAGAAGGUGAAAAAAGAGCAUUUUUGCGGUUUGGCCCACUUGAUAGCUGAAAAAGAGACGGACUGUUUUUUGCUCCGCCCGCUGGGCAGCUGCGUUGGAGAAGCAGGCCCGCGACCUGUCCGGAAGCCUUGGGCCGCUUCGUAACUGGAAAAAGUUGGAAAAAAAUGGCAAAAAUUUGCUUCAUAACGUGGGCGGAAGCAAUCGUCGGAUUUUGUCCAGAUCACCCGGGCCACUUGGAAAAUGAGAAAAGAUGAGAAAUUGCGCAAAAGCGCAACCCUUCCGCAGGCUUCAAAACUGCCAGGCAGAUGCGGGCGGUAAAAAUGUGCAGGUCGCUGGGGCCACUUGGAAAAUGAAAAAAGAUGAAAAAUUGCGCAAAAGCGCAAUCCCUCCGCAGGCUUCAAAACUGCCAGGGAGAUGCGGGCGGUAAAAAUGUCCAGGUCGCCCGGGCCACUUGGAAACCAGAAAAAGAGAAAAAAAUGCGCAAAAGCGCAAUCCCUCCGCAGGCUCCGAAACUGCCAGGCAGCUGCGGUCGGUGAAAAUGUCCGGAGCCCUUCGGCCACCUAAGAACCACAAAAAAGAGCGAAAAUUGAAAAAAACCGAGAACCCUCGGCAGGCUUACAAACUGGCCGCCAAGGGCGGUCCGGCGGGCGCGUGGUCGCGCCAUACCAUCGGGAUUGUGAAAAAAAAAACGCAUUAGAAGCGGGCGGAGGGAUGUCACAAAAUCCCUAUUUGCCCUGGUUUGUGGGCACAAAUCCUGCACCUCCGCCGCGUCUGAAAUGCCCGAUUUUGGUGGCCCGGAAGGGUCCGCGGAGAUUCGGCUUUCCGCAUACCUUCUUGGCCAGGAGGCCAGUUUGUCAUGCAGGGGGCUAGAAAGGAUGCCCCGCUGCGAAAUAGCAGACCGGAUUUCGCCUUCAAAGCUUAUCGCAGGAGCCUGCGGGCCGCCGCGGGCGACAGUAGUUGUCCGCGGCCCUUUGUGCUCGCGGCCCUUUAGGGCCGCGACCGCAAACUGCGGCCCGCGGCUCAAGAAGAAGAAGUGGGAUUCUAGAUUAGAAGAAGAAGAAGAAAUGGUGGUGGCAGCCGCGCGGCGAAAGCGCGGCCCGCAGGGCCGCGCUUUCGCCGCGCGGCUGGUUUGCCUUUCGCGCUGGUUAGAUUUUCGCGCACGCAUUUGGUUACCAAUAUCGCCCUCCGGGCGCGAUCUUCAUAAUAUCUCAUGAGCAAAAAUCAUGAAUGUCUUGUACAAUUUUUUUCUCCGAUGCGAAGCGGAAUUUGAUGAACUGAAAAAGUAUAUUCUUAAAGAAUGAAAAAUCAGAAAAAAUGAAACUCACGCCUGAGGGCGGCAAUAUCCUAGCACGAAAGCGAAGAAGUUUUGGAAAGUCGUUUCAGCUGUCCGGAGUUUUUAGUCUUACACCCCACCAGCGCUAAGUAGUGGC